AUGACUUCGCCUUAUCCUCUCCCUGCUAUUCCAUUUCCAUUUCCCAUCUCACAAACCCACGAUCCAAAGCUUCAACUGCCAUUUUUGGAAGCGUGGAGGAAGAAGAGGAGGUUGUCGUACCAGGAUGCCGCCACGCCGCCGUCAAAGACAGCAGCGCAACCGAGACUCAUUUCAACGAGCUCGAUAGAACAAGCUUUGAAGAAUUAUUAUGAUCUAACACUCAAAGUUGCUACGAUCCAAAAAAAUAAUCAAAAGAAGGAUACCAAAAUGCUAGUUUCACUUAAUGGAAAUGAUGAGCUGAGUGAUCAUCAAGAGCCAAGUAGAAGUUCAAAGAUAUUUGAUAUCAAGAAUCAAACGGAGUUGUCGCCAUUAAUACAGGAAGAUGAUGUGAGAGAUAGUACUGAAUUAGGGUUGUCGUUGACACUGAAAAGCAGUCCUAGAAAAGUAGAGAGAGAAUAUGAGAGAAAGGAGAAAAGGGAAGAUAGAGAGGGAUUAAUUACACAGAUAGAAGGUAAUCUACAUGGGAGCAGCAACUUGCCUGGAAUUACAAGCCAUGUUACAUCUCCAUCCAGUAGAAGAUCUAGGGUUUCAGUCAGAGCCAGAUGUGAAACGGCCACAAUGAAUGAUGGAUGUCAAUGGAGAAAGUAUGGUCAGAAGACUGCUAAAGGAAAUCCUUGCCCAAGAGCAUAUUAUCGUUGCACCGUCGCUCCUGGAUGCCCUGUAAGAAAGCAGGUCCAAAGAUGUUUGGAGGACAUGUCAAUACUCAUCACAACGUAUGAAGGAACACACAAUCAUCCACUACCAGUGGUUGCGACAGCGAUGGCAUCAACCGCAUCAGCAUCCUUUGCAUUACUCGAUUCGGGCAACCCAUUUUUAGAUGGAAUGUCAAACUCAAACCAGCCACAUUUCCCUUAUCCUAAUCCUUAUAAUAUGAUCAAUAUCCCAUCUUCUCCAUACAUCCCAUACCUAAGAAACAUGAACCCUAAUGACCCUUCUAAAGGUAUUGUUCUUGAUCUCAAAAACAAUGCUCGUGACCGACAAUUUCUCUGGACUAGCCCUUCGCAGUACUGUACAGGACAACCAAUGGGACAGUCAGGAUAUUCUUGGCUGCCUAAAGCAGGCAAUUAUUGUGGAACCAACCAGAUUUUUCCUGGUCCUAAACUAGGAGAUGGGAAGGGACCUAAAGGUGAAGGGAAGAGUGAUAUUAAUAAACAUUUGGAGGAAAAUAUGAGUGCAAUUGCUUCUGAUCCUAAGUUUAGGGUUGCUGUUGCCGCCGCCAUUUCCUCAGUACUUAUUAAUAAUAAAGAAAGCCCUACAGCAUGUCCUAGAGAUGGGGAGAGUGGGGCUAGCAGCCCUAAAACUUGGGUUCUUGAAUCCACAAGUGCUUCUGCUGGUAAGUCCUUAUGA